AUGCCGCCGCCACCGCCCUUCCCAUCCCCUCUGCCGUUGGCGCCUCCGCCCCCACGUCCGGCGUGGAACACAAACCGCAACCUUGUGGUGACCCACCCUCUGCUAUCCCUCCUCGAGUCAUGCGCCUCCUUCCGCCGCCUCCUCCAGCUCCAGGCGCUGCUCACCGUCUCCGGCCUCGCCGCGCACCGCUUCCCGUCCUCCCGCCUUCUUGCCUUCUGCGCGCUCUCCGACCCGCCGCGCCUCGCCCACGCCGCCGCCGUCCUCGCUCAAUGCGCCGAGGGGCCCAACGCCUACAUGCUCGCCACCAUGAUGCGCGGCUUCCUCCGCGCCGGAAAGCCCGCCCACGCGCUCGCCCUCUUCCGCCGUGUGCUCCGCGAUCGCCUCCCCGCCGACGCGCGCACCAUCGUCUUCGCAGUUAAAGCCGCUCCAAUUCCUCCUCCCCCGCCGAGCAGCAUGUUAUUACCCGACGCGCGGAAGCUGUUCGACGAAAUGGCUGACAGGGACGUGGUCUCAUGGACAACGCUGGUGGACGGGUACGCGCGUGGUGGCUUGCCCGAUGAGGCCUGGCGGGUAUUCUGCAGGAUGGUGGUUGCUGGGGGUGUGUGGCCGAACGAGGUGACUCUGGUCGCUGCAGCCUCAGCAGCUGGGCAAAUUGGGCUGCUGGGGUUGGGGAGGAUGGUGCAUCAGUGUGUCGUGGAGAGUGGUGUCCGCAUGAGCGUUAACUUGGAGAAUGCACUCGUCGAUAUGUUUGGGAAGUGUGGGUGUGUGGCCUCAGCGAAGGAAGUUUUUGAUGGGAUGGCCAUCAAGGAUGUGUACUCUUGGACGAGCAUGGUCAGUGCCUAUGCCAGGUGUGGUGAUUUGGAGAAUGCAGGGAAGAUUUUCAAGGAAAUUCCUAAUAGGAAUGCAGUUUCUUGGAGUUGCAUGAUCGCAGUUUAUUCACAGGCAAAUCUGCCAGAGGAAGCCGUGAGGAUAUUCAAUGACAUGAUUUCAGCAGGUGUGGAGCCGAUUGAUGCUACACUUGUGAGUGUUCUGUCAGCAUGUGCUCAGCUGGGUUGCUUGGAUGUUGGUAGAUGGUUAUAUGACACUUACAUUGUCAGUCAUAAGGUUGAGCUUACUGUGAACCUAAGCAAUGCAUUCAUUGAUAUGUUUGCAAAAUGUGGAGAUGUGGGUGCAGCAUCAAGGUUAUUUAGCAAUAUGGAGGACAAGAAUGCAGUAAGUUGGAACACAAUGAUCGUGGCCCAUGCUUUGCAUGGUCAGUCUGAAGAAGCCCUUCAUCUAUUUCAAGAAUUCAAAGGAUUCGGUAUUUUGCCUGAUGAGAUCACAUAUAUCGGGGUACUUUCUGCAUGCAGUCACAGUGGUUUAGUUUCAGAAGGACGGUGCCAUUUCAAAGAGAUGAAGAUAGUUUAUGGGAUUGAACCCAGGGCCGAACAUUAUGCAUGCAUGAUUGACCUUUUGGGUAAAGUUGGGCUUCUUGAAGAGGCGUUUGAAGUUGCAAGGAGUAUGCCAGUAGGAGCUGACGAGGCCGGUUGGGGUGCUCUUUUGAACGCUUGCAGAAUGCAUGGCAAUGUAGAGAUUGGCGAAUGUGCAGCGGAUAAGCUAGUAGGGUUGGAUCCUUCAGACAGUGGAAUCUAUGUACUCAUGAGCCAAAUAUAUGCAAGUAAAAGCAAAUGGGGCCAGGUGAAGAUGCUAAGAACGGUGAUGAGAGAUAGAGGAGUAAAGAAGAAUCCUGGAUGUAGUUCUAUCGAAGUGGAUGGAAAAUUUCAUGAGUUUUUGGUGUCAGAUGUUUCACAUGUCAACUCAGAAGAUAUAUAUGCUGCACUGGAGAAUAUUUACCUUCACUCAAAGUUAGAAGGUUAUAUUUCUCAUGCUUCAUGUGUCUGCUGA